AUGUCAGUACUUCCUCGCUGCUUUUUCGCACCCUUGAUCUCGACAAACGCAAAAAAAACAGUAAGGAAUACCGGUCUCUCCAGGUACAUCCACAGAUACUUACUAACUCUACAUCGGACAAUGGCAUCGGCAAGUGGCGAAGGGGGAGAUGGGAAACCCAAACAUACAAACCGUUUGCAGCACUCUAAAUCACCUUACCUACUGCAGCACAAGCACAACCCUGUUGACUGGUAAGUUUCUGAUCAGAGAUUCGUUCUUGAAAAUCUGACGUUACCUUGAUCAUAAAAGUCUUUCAUGCGUGUGGACAAACUAGACAUUUCCCUUUUGUACGUAAUAAUUUUAUACAUGUUUAUAUAAACAGGCGUUGUCUUUGACGGUUGAAAAGGGUUUUCGAUUUCCAUAUAACAUGAAUGAACAUACAAGCAACUCGUAUGAAAUGUUUUGUCUCCCGUUGCCUGACUUUUUUCAUGGGAAAGUUAUAAAAGAUACUCUAAAAGUUUUUCUAAAGCCCCUGAAAUUACACUCCUAAAGUGUUACGGUACUCAAACCCAUUUGUAUAUGUGGUUUAGGAUGGAUGCUCAGAAUCUGAUAGCGAUUUGUUAACAAAUUUACAAACAGAGGGUGUAAGGGUGGUAACUAGGGCUUAGAAAAUGGCCAACAACGUGUCACUCUUGAAAGAAAUUUCUUGGGUUGAACUUGGAGUUAGGAAAAUUUUUAUAAACUUACUAUCAUGUACAAAGUGGUCUUGAAGCUGUCCCUGCUGUAUUUUUGGUUGCAUAAAAUGUAAUGACCCUUCCCCCCCCCCAUUUUGCACCAGUCCUCCCCCUCUCUAUCAAAUGGAGGUUCCUAUCAAAUUUCAUCACCAGGUUUCAAAAUUAAAAUUAUUUAUCAGGUUUCCCUGGGGAGAUGAAGCAUUUGACAAGGCAAAAAGUGAAAACAAACCUAUUUUUCUAUCUGGUAAGUGAGACAGCAUUGUAAUUCAUUGUACUUCAGAACAAAAAACUUUUUAAGAAACAUUCACCAGACUGAAAACCAUUUCCACCACAACAGUUGAAAUAUGUCCAUUUUUUGAUGAGUGACUUUUGCAAAUUUUCUGGAAGAAGGAAUGAUUGUCAUUGCUUAAUUACCAGUGGAUAUAACAUGUUAUGGAAAAAUCAUUUUAAGAGAGUUUGUCAUGGGAGGAACCGUUGAAAAUUUGAACACAUGGAUCAUUGUUUUAGAAAUAUGUCACAUAAGACGUGAGCUUGGGCUGCCUGUGAUAUAACAUGUUAUGGAAAAAUCAUUUUAAGAGAGUUUGUCAGAAGCUGGAUCAUUGUUUUAGAUGUCAUACGUGUCAGAAAGGUGUAUGAUAAUAAUGAAACCAGUGGUAAUAAUUGUAACAAUAAAAAUACCAAUUAUAUUAACUUUAAUUUUUUUACUUCUAAUACAGUUGGCUAUUCCACCUGUCACUGGUGCCAUGUGAUGGAAAGAGAAUCUUUUGAGAGUGAAGAGAUCGCGCAGAUCCUCAAUGACAAAUUUGUUUCAGUUAAAGUGGAUCGUGAAGAAAGGCCUGAUGUGGACAAAGUUUAUAUGACUUAUAUUCAGGUAUAAAUCAAGAACAGACUGCAAAUUUGUAAUUAUAAUGGAAAAAGUUUGGCAUAUAAGUACUGAUUACUGAUUGGCUUCUUGAUCUGUGCACCAUCUAAUUUUUACCCACAUGCUGAUGGUGUGUAUUUCAAUUGAAUGUCAGAGCUCAAUGAAAAUGCAGUCUAUGUAGAAUAUAUCAGAUACUUAAUCCUCUCUUUCCCUUGAUCUGAAAGCUGAUUCUCCCAACUGAUGUUGUAUAAAGUGGGUAAGUUUCUAAAGAAACUGUGGUGCUGUGACAGUAGGAGAGUAUAACAGGGUAAUUUUGUGUUAUUAACUGAGUUGAAAACAUAAAUUGGCCAUUGUAAAGAGUUUAAAGGCUGACAUUUAGAGCGCUAGCCCUUCUUCAAAGCAAUUAGAGGAAUUGUGGGUUGUUAGUGGGUUUAUAUGCUAAUUGAUAUUAGUAUAGUUCUUUCUCGUUAAGUUCAGGCCAAGAAUUUGAUGUUCCAUCUAAACAAUAUCCCUUUUAAAAUUCAUUGUUUUAAUUCUCAUUACCUAUCUAUUUAACUUUGUCUUAAAACAGUAUAGAGAAUUUAAGGAAUAAUCACUCUUCUUUACUUUGUUACAGGCUAUGACUGGUGGUGGAGGCUGGCCAAUGAGUGUUUGGCUAACUCCAGACUUGAAACCAUUUGUGGGUGCAACAUAUUUUCCUCCUGAAGACCAGGUUGGCGGCCGCCCAGGAUUUAGGACAAUUCUUAACCACAUUUCUAAGCAGGUUUGUUUUCAAAAACAGAUAGUACUCCAUCUAAGGUAUGAUUGGGCAAGCCUGGGAAUUUUUUUAGCAUAUGAAUUUGAGGCUAAAUGGCAAGCCUCUCAAAAAAACUAAAAGUGAGAGAAUUUAGAAAAAUCUUAUCUUCCUGACUUGCUUUUUUUGAGUCUGAUUAUACCACUGCUGAAUAUAUUUGUAGUAAGCCUCCCAGAAAAAAUUCAGCAAACAAAUUAUACACAUAUAUCCUUGACUUUCUGUUUUUGAGUCUCAUGAUACCACAGCAAAAAAAAUUCCAGAAGGAACUUAUCAAAAAGGGAAACCCAAACUGAACAAGCUCAAAUUAUAGACCUGUAAAGGGACUUUUUAUUGUUUUGAGCUUCUUUUUUACCUUAAGUUUACUGAUAUGGCUUCAUUCUUGGCUCAAUUUUCUUGGCUUGUGUCUGAUCAAGUUUAAGUUGUUAAUGACAGGUAGGAUUUUAAUCCUUUCGCCCCUAAGAGUGGCUACUGUCUAAUUUCUCCUUGCAAUAACUCCCCUGAAUCACACAUGAUGGUCGUAAGAAUAUAGGAAAUGAUCACCAACUAAAGAAUCUCUUAAUUGUUAAACAAAUUCUCCUUGUCAGCACCUUAAGAACUGUUAUAAUGAACAGUAUGGAGAAUAUGCAUACUGAUGUUUGAGUGUAAAAGGUUAAUCCUUUCCUUCUUGGUUUUAUUCCUUGUUACAAGCUCUCAAAGUGAUUCUGUUUUUUUUUUUUUCAGUGGGAGCAAAACAGGGAGAAGCUAACACAGCAAGCAAAUAUAAUUUUAACUGCUAUCCAACAACAUACAGGAGAAAUGCACAAAGGUAGUGAGACAGAGGGUAUGCCAAGUACAGACUGCAUUGACAAACUGCUGAAUGACAUGAGCACAAGUUUUGAUGAAGAAUAUGGUGGAUAUGGAGGGGCACCAAAGUUUCCUCAAGCCUGUGAGUAAAUAUUUGACUUUUAGCUUUCUUAGAAACAUCUUUUAUUACUUUCUAAAUGGCUGUAGUGUCUUACCCAAGAACAUUGUCAAAAGGUUGUUUUUAUUCCUCUCUGCAGUACACAAGUUGGAGCUUCAAAGCUCUUUCAUUAAUAGUGACUGAUCUAAUUUGUAAUGUCUCUGUUUUCUGCAGCCAAUUUCAACUUUCUCCUAAGAUAUUCCUCCUAUAAGACUGGGUCUGAAGAUGGAAAGAAGGCCCGUGGUAUGGUCUUGAAGACUCUGGAAUUCAUGGAUAAGGGUGGAAUACAUGAUCAUGUUGGACAGGUUAGCUUUUAAGGCUAAUUACUAGCAAGUGACCCUGUAGCAAGGGGAAUACCCUGAGGGUGAGGUCUAUGGUCAAUGUAACUCCCAAUUUUUGUUGUGAAAAAACGAUAAAUGGGAUUAAUAAACCUAAUAUGUUCCCAAAGUUAAUGCAUAAGAUUUUUUUUGUAUAAAUGUCAGAAUCUGAGAAACUGCACACCUACCCUUCCCUUACCCCAACAACAGUCAAUUGAUAUCAAGGUAGGGUUAAUGUUGGAAUAGGGGAGGGGUGGGUGUACAGUUGUUCAGAUACUGACAUUGAUCCAUAUUUUCCAGGUACCCUCCCUCCCAUUGGUAACUUCUCCCUACAUUCCUACUUGAGGACAAACUGACAUCUAGCUGAUACCUAAAUGUUCAAUUGAAAUUUGCAUGCUGGAGACUUUGUGUUGUGAGAAACUGAAUAGAUCAUCUUGCCCCCACAGAAUUGAAUGGUCUCAUUUUGAGCCCUGAUGUUGUCAAUACUUUAAAUCUAGGGCCUUUUGACAUCUCAACUUUGCAUACUCUACUUACUGUUAGUGCAUAUAAACCUCUAACUCUGUAACCCCAAGGAAUGACUAGCAUCUAUUUUCUCCUUACAUUAUCACUGGUGAAAAAAACAAUAAGAACAUGAGAAUGAAGGAAGUGAUCACCAACUAAAAAAGCUCUUGAUUGUUAACAAAUUCUCCUUGUCAGCACCUCAGGAAACUUAUAGGGAACAGGAAGGAGAAUAUGCAUGAUGAUUUUCAGGUGUAAAGGGUUGAAAGAGUCCAGCAUUUAUGCACUUCUAAAUGAAAUAAAUGUUUUUUUUUUCAGGGUUUUCACAGAUAUUCAACAGAUCGUUUCUGGCAUGUUCCUCAUUUUGAGAAGAUGCUGUAUGAUCAGGCACAGCUGGCUGCUCUGUAUGCUGAUGGAUUCCAGGUAGUAUAACACACUCAGGGUAUUGUUUAUUGUAAACAUAUCUACUUUAAUUAAGAUGAUUUGGUUUUUAUUAACUGAGUUGACUACGGCCACCUUAGAGAGUUUCUGGAGCUGUUGUUGUGGGUUGUGUAGUUUAUAAACAGAAAGAUGGAGCUAAACCACACACAACCUGCAAUGAUCAAGUGCUGUUUUCCCCUCUUUACAAAGUAAUUGAGAUUGACUGAGAAGUGAUUGAGACAAAUGCUUGGUUGCUUUUAUGCAUAAUUAUGAUGAUCUCAUAACUUUUGUGAUCUUUCCCUUAGGCCAGCAAAAAUGACAAGUUUGCAGAAACUACAAGAGACAUCUCGUUGUAUGUUAUGCGUGACUUAAGCCACAAGGUAUGAGAUUGCAGUAUUACCUCUAAUCAUAUUUAGUGGUAGGUGCAUGCAAACUGAGAUCAAUCAUGGGCCUUUAGGCCCUAAGAAUUAAAUUUUGCCUUCUAUUACCUGAGGACAAAAAAAGUGACAAAAAGAAAGUAAUACAGCUGUAAGAACUUCCUACAAUAUUUUAAGAAUGUGGAAGCGAAACUUUGUCUUGUGCACAAUUUAAAAUAAAUCUCCACAGCUACUGACAUUUUUUUAGUGGCGAAGACCUGAAUCCUUUAACUCCCAUAAGUGACCAAAACAGAAUUUCUCCUUACAGUCUCAGUACAAUAUCAAGUAGACAAGUGAUGAGAAUCGAGAAAAAUACCAAUUAGGGUAUUAUUAGUUGAUCCAAUACCAAAUUCUCCUAACUAACAUCAUAAGAAUUGUUUGGCAGACAGUAAAGAGAAUUUUGAAUGAGACCAGAAAUGAAAGGGUUACUGCUGAGGCCUAUCUUGUUUUUGGUAGCAUUAAGUGACUAGGUGUGUAGUUAUUCACUCUGGACAGGUCUGUUUGUUUUUACCAUAUGUACUCUUAGGUGGGAAGGGACAAUGAGAUUUAAUUUUUUCACCUUAUUCCACUUACCAGGCAGGUGGUUUCUUCUCUGCUGAAGAUGCUGAUUCCUUACCAAGUCAAAGUGACACUCACAAGCAAGAAGGAGCCUUUUGUGUUUGGGAGGAAAAAAAGAUCAGAGAAUUGUUACUGGAGGAACAGGUCACAACCAAAUCUGGCGAGAAGGUUCCUGUGUCCUUCAUGUUCUUAAAACACUAUGGUGUGGAGAGUGAGGGAAAUGUCAAACCUCACCAGGUUGGUAAAACCAGUAAAACUAGUUUGGAACCCCAAAACGUAAUAAAUGCAGAGUCAAUGAUUUGUCUCCGGCAGACGAGUUUAGUGUAUGUACUCCAAGUUGAAGUGGAAAUAUCCCAAUCGCAGUGAGAACUUUUCCUUGACUGGCUCUAUUAAAAUGUUUAACGAGAGACUGGCUGACUGACUGAUUGGCUGGUUGGCUAACCGACUAAUUAACAUGACUGACUGACUGACUGACCAACUGACUGAGUAAUUUAGUAUUAUCAAUUGAGCUGAUAACACAAAUUGGCCGCAAUAAAGAGUUGUUAGCUUUAAAACUCUUUAUGGUGGCCAAUUUACGUUAUCAACUCAGUUGACAAUACUAAACUACCCUGUUACACUCUCCCACCGACGCAGCAUCACAGUUUCUUUAGAAACCUGCUCCCUUUAUUUAUUUGACUGACUGACUGACUGAUUAGCGGACCAAUUGACUGACUUAUGUGCCUGAGUUUAUCUUAUUUCUUUUAGGAUCCUCAUAAAGAACUUCGAGGUAAGAAUGUUCUCAUUGUGCGGGGUAGUUUGGAAGAGAGCGCUCGAUUAUGUGACGUUGACGAAGCAGAGGCAAAAGAGCAGCUUGCUAGAGCUCGAGAAAUUCUCUUCGAGGAACGACGGAACAGACCACCUCCUCACUUGGACACUAAAAUGAUCACUGCUUGGAACGGUAACUCUCAGUAAUUGAAUUUUCUAAGCUUUUUUGUAGAUUUCAGUGUCUCGGGAACCUCAUAAUGCCGGUCCAAUAUGCUAUGGCAUUCAGCGCGGGAAAAGGUUGGCUGCAGUGAAUUUACAUACGGGAAAUAGGGUGUUCAGUCGUCUCAGCCAAUCAAGUGCAAACUCAUCAAAACAGCGCGAGAAGGGAUGACGGUGAAUUUAUGUACGAGAAUUAUAGUGUUCAGUCGUCUUAGCCAAUCAAGUGCAAAUCCAAAUCGUGUGGAAUAUGGUUCACGUGUUUUUUACCGCGCUUUUUCUGGUUUCACGUUUUCGAUUGGAUGUUACGCAAUAGUAAAGCUAUCGUCUUUUCAAUGGUAGAAUAAUGAUCAACCUUCCUGGUUUUUAAUGUUUUGUGGAAAAGAAAAGAAUGAUUAACUUUGAAAAGAGAGACAAUUCUAUGCUCUCAUGACCUACUAAGUUUAUGGAAGCAAAUUUUAAAUGUAGUUUAUAGGCUUCGUUGUUCAAUAUUAGCGUUAUCCUUGACAAGUGGGAAAAAAAGUCUUCUUAAAAUAACAAUGUGACAAUUUUCCUGCUCGUUUCCAGGCUUAAUGAUCUCCGGUUUGGCGCGUGCGGCCCAAGUUCUGGGUGAAGAUGUGUACGAGAAAAGAGCAGCAAAAGCAGCGGAGUUCGUGAAGAAACAUUUGUUCGAUAAGAAAUCCGGGAAGCUCUUACGGAGUUGCUAUCGAGGCGAGGGCGGCGAGGUUAUGCAGAUGUAAGUAACGACGUUCCCUACGUAAUUGGCAGAUUACGAGCAGUCCCUCAUCUUCGACUAAGUCCGUCGCGCGAGUCAAGAAACAGAAAAAAAAAACGGCAAAAAAAAAUUUACGUUGUGCGCCACGCGGAGUUUUUUGCAUGCCCCUUUCUCCGCAGCGCGCUAAAAUCAAUUUUUUUACUCGCGCGACGGACUUCGCUUAAAAGGAAAUAAUGCUCGUAGGCUACGCAUUUAGAGGAUAAUUCAAUCUUUUUAUCCGUCUUUUUAGAGAUACACCAAUUGACGGGUUUGCAGACGACUAUGUGUUCAUGAUUCGCGGAUUAUUAGACCUGUAUGAGGCUUCUUUGGACGAGCAGUGGUUGGAAUGGGCCGUAACGUUACAAGCCAAAUUAGACGAACUGUUUUGGGACAGUGCAGGAGCUGGGUACUACAUGGCGACCUCUGAUGAUCCUUCUAUUCUUGUUAGGAUGAAGGAAGGUUUGAAGGAUCUCAUUAGUAAUUCUCCUUUCUAUCUGCCGUACAAUUCUUGUAAUAUUAGUUCGGAGAACUUGCUAUUGGAUCAACUUAUAAUCCGCUAAUUGAUGUUUUUCGGUAUUUCUCUCACUUGUCUGCUUACUAUUUGUAUUAACAUUGUGAGGAGAAAUUCUGUCUCGGUCACUCGUGGGAGUUGAGGACUAAAGAAAAUAUAGUGUGACAAAGUUUAUUUUCAAACGUAUUUGGCAGCCUCUGCCUCCUUCCAAUUGUGUUCUUCAAUCCCAGAAACAAGGAAACACCGACUCAUAUUUUUGUAUGACGAAGUGACUUAGGUUUUUUUUCGUGUUUGUUAGGGGCGAGUGGUAGGGGUAUCGGAAGUUACUAGUGUCUACAGGCCUCUUCAUCGGAGCCCGGGAUCCACGCUAGUCCGGUUAAGGGGACAAAUUUUGUUAUCUGAUCGAGUGAGCAAUUCCAGAUCGGAACAAAAUUUUUACAUGGGAUAUUUUCCAGCCUGGUUAUCAACAUCCUGGUCACAAGCUCCGAGAUCAUAAUAACCAGGCCUUUGUUAGCCCGUCAUCUGAUAUGCUCAUCGUCACACUAAAACUUUAGCAACGAAGAGAGAUGAGUUGUUGGAAACUAAGAGGAGGCCCCCGGAUUCGAGGGAUAUGUUGUGUGGAACGAUGUAUCUUUUACUCCUCAACUCAAAUAUCCCUUUACUUUUUCAGCUCAAGAUGGCGCGGAGCCCAGUGCUAACUCCACGUCUGUUGGUAACUUGAUUCGAUUGUCCAGCUUUGUAGAUCAGAAGUCUUACAUAACCAGGGCAGAGGAAAUCAUAAAGGCGUCCGUAACCCUCCUUUCCAAGAUUCCUCUUGCUCUCCCUGAACUAGUGUCAAACUACAUCAUGUAUCUUCAACCUAGAAAACAGGUAAACAUUUUAGUUAAGUUCUUGUGUGUACCGCAGCCCCUUAGGGAAAACAAGCAAAUGACUUGAAGCGUGGGAAAACGCAAGUGACCAGGUCGCGGUUGUUUUUGGUUUUGCAUCUGAUUGGUUGAGACGAUGGUGUGAGUUUUCUAAACCAACCACAGGGCAAAGUUAAAUAAAACCAAAGCCGUCUCGGAUCACGAUAUACACUCAGAUGAAAAUUGCUCCAAUGACUAGUUCAGUUACAUGACCUCUUGCCUCAUCUCAAAGUAAAUUUUUUUUCAGAUUAUUAUUGCGGGCGAUCGAGACUCACAAGACACCAAGGAUCUCCUAAAGUGCGUCCACUCCCAUUACAUGCCAAACAAAGUCCUCAUGCUAUGCGAUGGUAAACAAGACGGGUUCCUGGCAUCCAAGCUCUCUGUGUUCAAGACAUUGGAACGGAAGGAUGGCAAAGCCACAGCUUACGUGUGCGAGAAUUACACUUGCUCGCUUCCCGUGAACUCUGUCGAGGAACUAGAGAAGAUUCUCUCUAAAUAAGUGUUGCAGUGUAGUUCCCACCGUGUUACAGUUCUCGUUCAAUAACGUCGAUGCUUAUCAACUUUCCUUACAACUAAACACCAUUUUCGAAAAGAUAGGCUUAGACCGCGGGACAAGCGAAAAGUUUUGUGUUUUUGGGCGAGCGUGGGUAGGUGCGAGGCGCACGCGAAGGGUAACUCACACGCGAGAAGAAGCGCGGAAACACGACUUCUUGUUGGUUAAAUGGUGGGUGUCUAAAAGCAUAACGUUAUGCGUUAAGGUGGCAUUCUGCUGAUCACAGGAUAUUUGAAAGAAAAGAAACCUUUGUAGCGUAUUUUUAAAGGAGCAUAUCAUUAUUGUAGUACUGCAUUGUGCAGUUUUAACGCCAAAAUGUUGGAUUUGUUCACUCGUAGAA